AUGCCCAUUUCCAACGGCGACGCUGCUCCCGGUUCCGCUAUGAAGGCUGAGAUUCAGGACUACACCAAGGCCUUGGAGGUCCUGGAGACGUACCCCUCCCGCGAUGGUCUGGAUGUCGAUACCCUCAUCGACUCCGACAAGCACGGUGCCUUGACCUACAAUGACUUCCUGGUCCUGCCUGGUUACAUCGGCUUCCCUGCCUCCGAUGUCACUCUGGACACCCCGGUCACCAAGCGCAUCUCGCUGAAGGUCCCUCUUCUGUCUUCGCCCAUGGACACGGUCACUGAGCACAACAUGGCCAUCCACAUGGCUCUGCUCGGUGGUCUGGGUGUCAUCCACCACAACUGCUCUCCUGAGGACCAGGCCGAGAUGGUCCGUAAGGUUAAGCGUUACGAGAACGGCUUCAUCCUUGACCCAGUCGUUCUCUCGCCCAAGGCCACCGUCGGUGAGGCCAAGGAGCUCAAGGCCAAGUGGGGCUUUGGUGGUUUCCCUGUCACUGAGGACGGAUCCCUUCGCUCCAAGCUGAUUGGUAUGGUUACCUCCCGGGACAUUCAGUUCCACCCCAACAACGAGGACCCGGUGACUGCCAUCAUGGCCACCGACCUCGUCACCGCUCCUGCUGGCACCACCCUGUCCGAGGCCAACGACGUCCUCCGGCAGUCCAAGAAGGGCAAGCUGCCCAUUGUGGAUACCAAUGGCAACCUUGUCUCGCUGCUCUCCCGCUCCGACCUGAUGAAGAACCUUUACUACCCUCUGGCCUCGAAGCUCCCUCACUCCAAGCAGCUGAUCUGUUCUGCUGCCAUCGGCACCCGUGAGGAGGACAAGCACCGCCUCAAGCUGCUCGUUGAGGCUGGUCUGGACAUCGUCAACCUGGACAGCAGCCAGGGUAACAGCGUGUUCCAGAUUGAGAUGAUCAAGUACGUCAAGAAGACCUACCCCGAGAUCGACGUUAUCGCCGGCAACGUCGUCACGCGGGAGCAGGCCGCCGCCUUGAUUGCUGCCGGUGCCGAUGGCCUGAGAAUUGGCAUGGGCAGCGGUAGCGCUUGUAUCACCCAGGAGGUGAUGGCUUGCGGUCGUCCCCAGGCCGCUGCCGUCCGCAGCGUCUCGUCCUUCGCUGCUCGCUUCGGCGUCCCCUGUAUCGCCGACGGCGGUAUCCAGAACGUCGGCCAUAUCGUUAAGGGUCUGGCGAUGGGUGCCAGCACCGUCAUGAUGGGCGGUCUCCUUGCCGGUACCACCGAAUCCCCCGGCGAGUACUACGUCAGCAACGAGGGCCAGCUCGUCAAGGCCUACCGUGGCAUGGGCAGUAUCGCCGCCAUGGAGGACAAGAAGGCCGGCGGCAGCGCCAAGGACAGCAAGGCCAGCAACGCCGGUACCGCUCGCUACUUCUCCGAGAAGGCCAGCGUGCUGGUCGCCCAGGGUGUGGCCGGCUCCGUGCUGGACCGUGGCUCCGUCACCAAGUUCAUCCCCUACCUUGUUGCCGGUGUCCAGCACUCCCUGCAGGAAAUUGGUACCAAGAGCGUGGCCGACCUCCACGACGCCGUCAACAACGGCAUUGUCCGCUUUGAAAUGAGAAGCGCCAGCGCCAUGGCCGAGGGUAACGUCCACGACCUGCACAGCUACGACAAGAAGCUUUACGCGUAA